GAUGUUAUCGAAGGAGCUUGGUAAUUACAGACAUGCUCUUACUGAUGCUGAGGAAGCAAUUAGGCUCAGAAACACUAAUGUCAAGUUCUAUUCUCCAAUUUCUGCUUGGUUGAACCGUUUGCUACACUUGCAGUUUCAGAGGCUCUUUCCGAGGAUUUGCAGGUGGGUCUAUGAAGGAGUCAUUGAUGAUCGUUAUGGUGAAUGUUUCAUUGCUGAGAACAAAUCUCUUCAAAAGAUGCUGUUUAAGGGUUUUCCCGAUGCUUGUGAUUCAUUGAUGGUUCUGAGGAAUGGUGCACUGGACAUAAAGACAGAGCCUUUAGUAAGCACAUUUAGUUGCUUCAAAUUGGAGACACUUCUCCUUGCACUCUUUUAA